CUCUCUAUAGAUAUAUAACAAUUUGAUGUUUGUGGGUUUCCUCAGGGCAUCAGCAUCUAGCCCAUGUUGACGCUACCAUGUAUAAAUUAUUGAGUGGUUUUGCCUUGCAGCUUUAGAUUCUCUUGUAAUAGCCAUCAGGUUUUGUGCUUAGCAAAUUCCCCAGCAUUCCAUAUAAAAAUCAUCUCAGCUUUCCCUGGCUCUUGUCCCUUUCUCUCUCUCUCUCUCUCUCUCUCUCUCUCGUAUAAGCUCCGCCUGGCCUAGGCGCCAUUCUCAUCAUGGCUCAUUUUCAGCUUUGUUCAUUAAAAAUCUUGCAGAUUUUUUCUCUUCUUCUCAUCCUCCUUUACCCUGCAACAGUCUCUUGCAAUUGUACUUGUGAUAAGGAGGACAUCCAACAAAAUAAAGCCGAAGCACUCAGAUAUAAACUCGGUGCCAUUGCUGCCAUUCUUGUUGCCGGGGCUAUUGGAGUUAGCCUCCCAUUGUUGGGGACACGAAUCCCUGCGUUAAGGCCCGAAAAUGACAUAUUCUUCAUGAUCAAGGCUUUUGCUGCCGGUGUUAUCCUUGCAACAGGGUUCGUUCACAUCCUCCCGGAUGCUUUUGAAAGCCUAACUUCACCAUGCCUUAAAGAAAGUAGUCCAUGGGGGAAAUUCCCUUUCUCUGGUUUCAUUGCCAUGAUGUCAGCGAUAGGGACGUUAAUGAUCGAUGCAUUUGCGACAGGGUAUUAUGAGAGACAACAUCUAAGUAAGCAUAAGCAUGUUAAUGCUGCAGAUGAAGAACAUGCAGGUCAUGUACAUGUUCAUACACAUGCCACACACGGUCAUGCUCAUGGCUCUGCUUCCCCAUCUCAGGAGUUGGUUUUACCAGGGCUUAUCCGUCAACGUAUCAUAUCCCAAGUGUUGGAGGUGGGAAUUGUGGUUCAUUCCGUGGUGAUUGGGAUAUCUUUAGGUGCUUCUCAAAGUCCUGACACAAUAAGGCCACUGGUAGCAGCCUUGUCUUUCCAUCAGUUUUUUGAAGGAAUGGGUCUUGGUGGUUGCAUAUCUCAGGCACAAUUCAAGUCGGUAUCGGUGGCAAUCAUGGGAACCUUUUUCUCCUUGACAACCCCUCUGGGGAUCGCAAUAGGUAUAGGAAUUUCAAGUUUCUACAGGGACAACUCCCCAACAGGUCUUAUAGUGGACGGAGUUUUCAAUUCAGCUUCAGCUGGGAUAUUGAUAUACAUGGCUCUUGUUGACCUGCUUGCUGCGGAUUUCAUGAACCCAAGGUUGCAAUCCAAUGUUAGGCUUCAAAUUGGAGUUAAUCUUUCCCUUCUCCUCGGGACUGCUUGCAUGUCUGUUUUGGCCAAAUGGGCUUAAAUUUUGCUUACCCAGCCUCAGUUUUUAAUUAAUACAGACUCUUUCCUUUUUGCUUU